AGCUAAGAUUACUUAUCAAAUUCGUCUACCAAAGAAAAUAUCAACUCUUUCACAAAAAUAGCAAUGCAUGCUACACGCAACUUAUUAUAUAAAUACAGAAAAUGAGAGAAAAAUCAUUUUCAAAAUAUUUGAACAAUAUAUAUGAUAUAUAUGUGUAUGUGUAUAUAUAAACUCAUAUAUAUAAUUUUUUCCAGUGUCUCCAAAGCAUCAGGAAGAAAGCUUUGAAGAAGCUAUAUAUCAACUCAUUCAUGGCCGACGUUGUCGGCUUGAGUUUCAUAUUUGGGAUACUAGGAAAUAUUAUAUCAGUGCUUCUUUUCCUAUCUCCUGUAAAGACUUUCAUUCAAAUAGUAAGUAAAGGAUCAACAGGAGAAUUCGAAAGCAUCCCAUAUAUAUGCACAUUUUUGGCUACAUCUUUAUGGACCUACUAUGGACUUAUUAAGCCUGGGGCUUUGCUUGUUGCCACCGUCAAUGGGUUUGGAGCUGUUGUCGAGCUCGUUUUCGUAACACUAUUCCUCGUCUUUGCUCCUCCAGAAAUGAGGGCAAAAACAGCCAAACUAGCCGUGAUAUUGGACUUGGGAUUUUUAGGAGCAGUAAUGUUGGUAUCAAAGUAUAUGCUAUUGGAUGAUGAAAUGAGGAUUAACAUGAUAGGAACUCUUGGUGCUUUUGUCAACAUCCUCAUGUAUGGUUCUCCUCUUGCUGCCCUGAGAGCGGUGAUGGAAACAAGAAGCGUGGAAUAUAUGCCUUUCUUGCUAUCAUUGUGCUCAUUUUUGAACGGAGGAGUUUGGACUAUCUAUGCUGUUCUUGUCAAAGAUCUCUUCCUUUUGGUACCAAAUGCAGUUGGAUUUAUUCUCGGGACGAUUCAAUUAGUAGUCUAUGCUCGUUAUAGUAAUCUAAACAAUGAUCAACAAUAUAUUGAGCCCCUCGUUUAGUGGAAAAUCAGCAAAUUACUCAAUUUCAUAUCAAUCAAUCAUUUUUAGAUUUUAUAUUUGUAUACUUGUAUAUAAAUUUACUCCAAUGUGUAGCUUGAUUCUUUGAUUUCUGUCGCUAGUACAUAAAUGUAUGUAACUUGAAAUUUACAAAAAAUUGUGCAUAAUAUGAUUGUCAUACGGAGCAUUUGUUACUCCAUCUAUUUGUAUACUAGUACGAAAUAAGGAAUCAUUUGAGAGUCAA